CACUUUUUCUCUCUCAUAGACACACAGUGGUAGUAGUAGUAGUAGAUGCGUGAGAGCACGUCAUCUAAAAAUACAAAAUCCACUUCUUUCCGGUGAAUUUUGGUACACAAAUUCUCUCACUCAAUACAUAGUUACAUACAUAUAUAGAUAUAGAUAGAUACAAAGAGAGUGUGUGUGUAUAUAUAUAGGUUCCAGCUGACUUCAUCACCAGCACCGACACUCUUGAAUAGUAGCUCCUGUGUGAGAUGGAUGAUAAACGUGGAUAUAAAUUACAGGAGUUUGUGGCGCAUUCUGCAAAUGUGAAUUGUUUAAAAAUCGGAAAGAAGACAAGGCGGAACUUCAUUACAGGUGGUGAUGAUGAAAAAGUUAAUCUUUGGUCGAUUGGGAAACCAACGCCUAUAACGAGCCUAAGUGGUCAUACGAGCCCUAUUGAAUCUGUAGCUUUUGACAAAACAGAAGUUUUAGUGGCUGCUGGAGCUUCUUCUGGUGUGAUAAAACUUUGGGAUCUGGAAGAGACAAAGGUGGUUCGUACUCUGAAUGGACACCGAUCCUAUUGUACAUCACUUGAGUUUCAUCCCUUUGGUGAGUUUUUGGCAUCGGGUUCCAUGGACACUAAUCUAAAGAUCUGGGAUUUUAGAAAGAAAGUGUGCAUUCACACAUAUAAGGGACAUAAACGAGCUGUUAGUACUAUCAGAUUUAGUCCUGAUGGUCGUUGGGUGGUAUCAGGGGGACUCGAUAAUGUUGUAAAGAUAUGGGACUUAACAGCUGGAAAGCUUUUACACGAGUUCAAGUUUCAUGAAGGGCACAUUCGAUCCAUGGAUUUUCAUCCUCUCGAAUUUCUUCUUGCAACAGGUUCUUCUGACAAAACUGUAAAAUUUUGGGAUUUGGAGACCUUUGAAUUGAUUGGAUCAACUCGACCAGAGGCAACAGGCGUACGGUCAAUUACAUUUCACCCAGAUGGGAAAUCUGUCUUUUGUGGGUUAGAUAGCAGUUUAAAGGUGUAUUCAUGGGAGCCUGUUAUUUGUCAUGAUUCUGUUGAUAUGGGAUGGUCAACAUUGGGCGACCUCUGCAUCGAUGAUGGGAAGCUAUUGGGAUGUUCAUAUUACCAGAACUCAGUUGCAAUUUGGGUGGCGGAUACUACGCUUAUUGAACCACAUGGGCGUAGCAUAUUAGCUGAGGGAAAAACCUCUGUGCAGACAAAAUUAAAACCCCAGCAAGAUCCAACAGAGAGAGUUAGCGGACCUAGAAGAUCAACCAUGUCUUCAGAUGAUGACACCAAGGACAUAAAAAAUAUAUAUGUCGACUGUGUGACUCCUGUUGCUUCAAGAAAGUUACCAACUCUGUUGAACUUACAAAACCCAAAAGAGAUUGAUAACUUGGCUACUCGUAAACCAGUUCUUGUACCCAAAGCUAUUGGGCAGAACAUUGAUAAUUCUGCAAAAGACUCGUCCAAGAAAGAAUUUAUCAUUAAUGAACAGGAUACCACUGCUGUAUCACUUAGGCCAUCUCAUAGGCGAAGACCAUCUAUUACCAAAUUAGAUACGGAGGGGAUGUCGAUAAUUCCUGAAUCUGGAUUAUAUAGUGGAUCAGAUACUGCUACAGUUGCAAACUUUCAGAAAAGGCUUUUUGUAGACGAUGCUGCUAAAGGUUCCCCCAUGGAGGAAGCUCCAAUCUCUACAUGUGUCACAAAAGAGAUUCAAAAGGCUUCAUCUCCAGGUGUUAGGUCUGUCGAUUUAAACAAAGAGUUGAAUUCUAUUAAAUAUGUGAAUGGAGUGGCUGUUGUAAAUGGAAGGACUCGUAGUCUGGUCGAGAGAUUCGAAAAGAGAGAAAAGUUGAACACCGAUGAAUGUCAAACGCCUGAUCUACCAACCCAGAUAGAGACCAAAACCGAUAUGCCUGGUACAAUAGUAAAUCAAUCAUUUGAUGCAGUCCCUUGUGAAAUACCCGAGACCAGAACAACCCCGUUGGUGCCUUUUGAAGAACCCGAAGUCAAAACAUCAUACAUACCAGAAAAGACACCUCCUGUGUUGGCUACUAGAGAAACUGAAGCCAUUGCACCCACCAUUCCUGAAAAAGGAGCUGAUACAGUCACCAGUGCAGCAACUGAAACAUCACCGAUGCCAUUAAAGGAACCUGAUAUUUCUGAAAAAACUAACAAUGUAACACUGGCCAUUCCGGAAAAAAGAGCUGAUAUAGGCUUCAGCGCAACAACUGAGGCUAGAUCAUCUCCGGUGGUACAAAAACUUGAUGUUGCCCCUCCAGUGGUUGUGCAGAGACCGAGGACUGCGCCUAGUGUGUUACCUGAGAAAGGUAAGGCAUCACCCAUGCAAAGAUCUGUGAGUUCACGUCGUGUAAUUUCUGAGAGAGUUAGAUCAUCUUCAAUGUUGGUUUCACGGAAAUCUAAUGCUUCCCCUCGCUUUACACCUGAAAGAACCAAAACCUCACCAGUGGGCGUAGUCCCGAGGCAUGAUACUCCCAAUAGAAUGAUACCUGAAAGAACUAAAACCUCAACAGUGGUGGUAGCUCCAAGGCAUGAUACUCCCAAUCGCAUGAUACGUGAAAGAACUAAGACCUCACCUAUGAUCACAGUCCCGAGGCAUGAUGCUUCCAAUCGCAUGAUGCCUGAGAAAGCUAAAUCGUCCCCAUUGCUGGAUGAUAGCAUACAAGUUAGUGACGAAGAUUUGAUGUAUAAGCAGGACGAUGAUGUUGCUGAACUGUUGAUGCUAAACCAUGAUGUGUUUGUAAGUAGUCUACGGUCUCGCCUGACAAAACUCCAGGUGGUACGGCAUUUUUUUGGGCAAAAUGACAUGAAGGGUGCUAUCAAUGCCUUGCGAAAGUUGCCAGAUCAUGCUGUCCAGGCAGAUGUGGUCAGUAUUAUGAUGGAAAAAUUGGAUUCUCUAACGUUAGAUGUCUUCUCUGACUUGCUGCCUAUGCUUUUGAAUUUACUUGAUAGCAAGACCGAGCGGCAUAUAAGUGUAUCACUUGAACUAUUGUUGAAGCUUGUGGCCGUCUUUGGGCCAGUAGUCAGCUCGACGGUUUUAGCACCUCCAACUGUGGGAGUUGAUCUUCAUGCAGAGAAAAGACUUGAACGUUGCAAUGAAUGCCACAUACAGCUCCAAAAGAUCAACAAAUGCCUCCCGGCUAUUAUAAGGCGAGGCGGUUUGCCAGCACGAUGUGCUCAAGAACUAAAUUUCAUCCUUCUAAAAUGAUUCCCUUGGAACACCCCACAAGAACUAAACUGUAGUCCAAAAAUCAUGAUUUGCUCUGAACAUCCCACAAUAACCGAAUUCAAUUCUUCAAAAGUCAUGAUCCACACAGAUACCCCACAAUUUUGUCCCCAUGAUUUCUUUCGUUUGCAAUAUCGCAGUGCCUUGGAUGCAAACGAAAACGACAACCUGUAGAUAGUCGGAGUAAGCCAGUUCAUGAUUGCUAAUUUCAGUCAGAACUUGAGCUCUUGUCAAAAAUAACAUAGCGGAAUCUCUUAUGUGCAAAUGUGAAUGUGUAAAUUAUUGAUGAAUGAUGAUUAUGAUUUUGUAAUUUGCAUUAGUAAAUAAAUAUAUGUAGAUGGUUCUUCCAGCAAUGAAAAACAAUGGAGGAUGUUUUUGAUUA